AUGGCGUGUACCUGGAUAGCCAUCCUGCUUCACUAUCUGAUGUUGGUCGUGUUUUUCUCCAUGUUAAGUCAAGGCUUGGAUCUGCUGCGCUCCGUCCUGGUGGUGACGUCACGUUCCAUCGUACGAACGGCACUUCCUCUAACGUACGGUGGACCUCUUAUCAUCGUAGCCUUGUGCCUUGCGAUAACAGAAUCUCAUGGAUAUGGCACGGAGACGUACUGUUGGCUCUCAGUGGAAAAUGGUCUCUAUUGGGCUUUCGCCGGCCCGGCGAUUUUUAUCAUUAUUCUAAACAUUGUCAUAGUUGUAUUCGUUCUUAGAGCCAUGCAGUCUGCGCAUUUUAUGAACAACAAGCCACUCACUGAAAGAUCCAUGUCAGUCGUCCGGUCCAUCUGUGUCUUGUCGCCUAUCCUCGGUCUGCCCUGGCUGUUUGGCAUCCUGUCCCUGACUAGCUCCCACGUGACCUUCCAGUACCUGUUCGCCAUCACAAACACAAUCCAGGUACGGUGUCUUUAA